UGGAGAUCCAGGGCAGCGGUGCGAGAGACCGUUUAGCGCUGAAGUGUGUCAAACUGGCUCUGAUGCUUGACUGGAAUUUCGGGAAUAAAUCUUUUUUAGCCGGAAUUUUUGGCCGGACAGGACGGAGAACUGCUUUGAGACGUCCAUCCUGUACGAAAAGGAAGACUGUUUAAGUUGUCAGAAAUCCAAGUGUCGUCUACAUUCCCUCUGUGUGCCCCACCAUGAAGAUGGGGUAAUCUUCUGUCUUGCUUCACUUCUUCAAACCAUUUCCAAUGUCUGAGGACUCGGGAUCCAAACCGUACCUGUUCUCCUCCCUGGAGGGGCAGAAUGAAGCAGCCGGAUGCAGUUCAAUGUCGACGCUGCAUCGCAUGAGUAGUUUCGUGAAGGGGGCCGAACUUGGCCUGGCAUCUGAAGGUAGCGACAGCAGCCAAGACCCUCCUGCUUCGCCCCACAACAGCCGGAAGAUGGCACAUUCCCUCCAUGAGGAUGUGGACAUGAAGAGCAGCGGGUCCAGUGGGAGUGGGACCGAGUCCCAUGGCAAUGAGUCCCAUGGUAAUGAUUCCCACGGAAAUGAUUCUCAUGGCAACGAGUCUUCUGGGAGUUCCAACAGCCGAAGCAAGGACUCGGCACUAUUAGAGUCAUCAGGAAGUAACAAAAGCCGCAACUCUCAUAGUCCUUCACCACCCAGCAGCAACGCCUUCAGCCUUCUGAGUGCCAGUUCAGAGCAGGACAACCCAUCUACCAGCGGCUGCAGUAGCGAAGAAUCUGCCAAGGCGAAGACGCAGAAAGAGUUGCUUAAAACUUUGAAAGAGCUGAGGCUUCAUUUGCCGCCGGAAAAGCGAAACAAGGGCAGCAAGUCGACGACACUCAGCACUCUGAAAUAUGCCCUGCGCUGCGUCAGACAGGUGGAAGCAAACGAAGAAUACUACCAGCUGCUUAUGAUUAAUGAUAGUCAGCCAUCAGGGUUUGACGUUUCUUCAUAUACCAUAGAGGAGAUAGACAGCAUCACAUCCGAAUACACCCUCAAGAACAAUGAUAUCUUUGCAGUGGCCGUGUCACUUAUCACUGGGAAGAUCGUCUAUAUUUCAGACCAGGCAGCUUCCAUUCUGAAUUGCAAACGGGACGUGUUCAAGAAUGCUAAGUUUGUGGAGUUUCUCACACCGCAGGAUGUUAGCGUGUUUUAUAGCUUCACCACACCAUACAGGCUGCCGUCCUGGAGCAUGUGCACUGGUGCAGAGUCGUCACCAUCAGACUGCAUGCAAGAGAAAUCCUUCUUCUGUCGCAUUAGCGGUGGUAAAGAGUGUGAGGGAGAUCUUCAGUACUACCCCUUCAGAAUGACUCCUUAUUUGAUGAAGGUUCAGGAUAUGGAGCACUCUGAAGAUCAGUUCUGCUGCCUCCUGCUGGCCGAGAGAGUGCACUCUGGCUACGAAGCUCCAAGGAUCCCCACAGACAAACGAAUCUUCACAACAACACACACUCCCAGCUGUGUGUUUCAGGAUGUGGAUGAGAGGGCCGUUCCAUUACUAGGAUACCUGCCACAGGAUUUGAUCGGCACACCUGUCCUGCUUCACCUGCAUCCCAGCGAUCGGCCAGUCAUGCUCGGCAUCCACAGGAAGAUCCUACAGUAUGCUGGCCAGCCAUUUGAUCACUCAAUCCGCUUCUGCGCUCGUAAUGGAGAAUACAUCACCAUAGACACCAGCUGGUCCAGCUUUGUCAAUCCCUGGAGCCGUAAAGUUUCCUUCGUCAUCGGCAGACACAAAGUUCGCAUGGGUCCAGUGAAUGAAGAUGUGUUUGCAGCUCCAGCCGCAGCUGAGGGAAAAUCCAUAGACUCAGACAUCCAAGAGAUAACGGAGCAAAUUCACAGACUCCUGCUGCAGCCUGUGCACAACAACGGUUCAAGCGGCUAUGGGAGUCUGGGCAGUAAUGAUCACCUGCUGAGUGUGGCGUCGUCUAGUGAGAGUAACGGCAACGGAACACGUCUCCGACAAGAGGAAGAGGAUGCCAGGAUAGCCAAACCAAGGAGCUUUCAGGAGAUAUGCAAAGGAGUUCACAUGCAGAAAAGCCAGGAGCAGAAGAAGAGCCCUACUAAGUCUCUACAGAAAAGUCCAUCGGUUCGGCUCAAAGAUCCUGUGAACUGGAGAGGGUCUCCUGAUGAGCAGCAUGCUGCAGUGCAAGAGGAGCUGGCCUUCAAAGACCAGACCGUCUACUCCUAUCAACAGAUUAGUUGCCUGGACAGCGUAAUCAGGUAUUUGGAGAGCUGUAACGUACCCAUUACAGUGAAGAGAAAGUGCCAGUCCUCCUCAAACACAACAUCCUCAAACUCAGACGAAGACAAGCAGAGAGGUGUUGAGAGCUCCAUGCAAGUGUCUGAAGAGGCGGGCCAUCUAAAGAACCAACCAGGUCUCUCAUCAUUAGAUGUGUCUAAGAAGCCUCCAGGCUCUGGUGUAGUGAGUCCGUCUCUGACUCCACUCGCGCUGCCCAGUAAACCUGAAAGUGUGAUGUCCAUCACCAGCCAGUGCAGCUACAGCAGCACCAUUGUACAUGUAGGAGACAAAAAAGUCGUAUCCUCAACAAGACACAUCACUCCAAAUCGAGAGUACUCUUCCAAACUUCAAAAGAUCAUCGAGGAUGUCCCCAGCGCUGAAGGCACUGAAGGUCAGAGUCUCACUGUUCCUCUGGCCGCAGUCUCACCGCACAAUCAAGAGCGAGAGGCUUACAAGAAACUGGGCCUGACCAAGCAGGUUCUGGCCGCGCACACACAGAAAGAAGAGCAGGCUUUCCUCAGCCGCUUCAGAGACCUUCGAGGCUGUCACGCUUUCAAAGCCGACUGCUCCCUCUAUCUGGAGAGACAGAAAGGACAAGUCGCAACUGAGGCUGUUCCCACUGCUCGUUCCUGUAAGCAGGGUGGUGGCGGCCCACAGGAGACCCCCGGGACCCGCCGGGGUCGCAGCAAGAAGACCAAGUCCAAGCGGAUCAAGGCAAACGAGUCUUCUGACAGCACUCCUUCAGGCCGUAGACCUCCACCCAGACCUCAGCUGCAGGGACUCAACCAGACCUCCUGGUCUCCCUCAGAAACAUCCCAAUCCACGUUCCCCAUCGCCUAUCCGGCUGUGAUGCCCGCUUAUCCACUCCAGAUGUACCCGGGAGCUGGCGGCGUGCAGCCUAGGGUAGAUGCUCCACUUUCAGGCUUUGGGGAGAGUCAGUGCAGCCAGGAUCCGCGCAUCCCCAUGCAGCCCAUACAGACCCCGUAUUCGGCUCCUCUGGUCACGCCCAUGGUGGCACUGGUACUGCCCAACUACGUGUUCCCACAGAUGGGCGGCACUCCACGGCAGCCGUUCCCCACACAGCCUACCUUUCAACCUCAGCCUAGUUUCGCCACACAGGCGCCAUUCGCUCCACAGUCCGCAUUCACCAUACAGACCCAGUUCGGCCCACAGAACCCCUUUACCCCACAGACUCAGUUCCCGCCACAGCCGUUUCCGUUCACGUGUCCUGUGGAGCCCCCAAAACCGCCGGAGCCUGAGCUGAGGGAGGAGCCUUCACGAAGCCCCACCCCUCAGUCCAUGGGUGGAGGCGGGCCGCCGUCUCCGCCUUUGUUCCAGUCGCGCUGCAGUUCACCUUUGCAGCUCAACCUGCUGCAGUUAGAGGAGACUCAACGCUCUGCUGAGAGGCAGGAGUGCACGGCGCCAUCUGUUGUACCACAGACCAACUGCAGCAGUAGUGUGGAGAAAGCAGGAAGCACAGCCGGGCAGCCUAAACCUAACAAGGAUGUUCCACAGGAUGAAGGGUCACCAGUCGACGGUCAGCAUAGCGAUGCGUUCUCAUCAUCUAGUGACCUGCUGGACAUUCUCCCAGAGGACUCACGCUCCGGCACUGGCUCUGCCACAUCAGGUUCCAUGGGCUCUGGGUCGAACGGCUGUAGAACGUCUGCCAGCAGAACUGGAAGCAGCAAUACAAGCAACAACAGCAGUAAAUACUUCGCCAGUGUGGAUUCUUCCCAGAAAUCCCAUAAGGCCAAGGGGCAAGGCUCUGGGGCGCUGGAUGGGAGCGAGACCCUGAUCAAGUAUGCGCUGCAGGACCCACUGUGGCUGCUCAUGGCUAACGUGGAUGAAGAUGUUACGAUGUCAUACCAGUUACCAUCUCGGGACAUCCAGACAGUUCUGAGGGAGGACAGGGAGAAGCUGCGGCAGAUGCAGAAAAGUCAACCACGUUUUACAGAAGAGCAGAGGAGAGAGCUGCUGGAGGUGCAUCCCUGGAUGAGAAGAGGCGGGCUGCCCAAAGCCUUCGACGUCAAGGCGUGUGUCGGAUGUGAAGAGGUCAGUGAAACCCUGACAGAGGAGGAUUCACCAGAUCUGCACAUGGGAGAAACAGAAAGCAAUGAUGUCACGGCGCCUCCGGCCAAUAGCAGUGAAGACUCUACACACUCAGAAACACAUUGCUUUCCUGAUUCUGUCACCUGAACUGAACCUCUCUGUUCCCACCUGUAAGAAUACAGACCUCGUCUGAUUGGACAAAGCGGACAUUUUAGCAUCGAAAGACGCUCCUGCCGCAGCCUCGGACCUUCAUGAAGACUCGUUCUGUUACUUGUCUGUGUGAAUGUGUUUGUGUGUAUAUGUACAGAUGUGUAAAUACAUGAAUGACUGAGAGAAUUAAUUAUUUCCAGACAGUCUAAACUGUCUCUAAAGCCAGACUCUAAAAGCUGUUCAAUGACCAUUUCUGUUAGAUUUUAAUAUUAAGGAAUAAUAUUUCCUUUUCAGAGUUUCCCUGACAGUUUUUUCCAUUAAACGUACACGUACUAACUUAUUUCUUCUUUACGACUUAAAAAAAAAAACUAUUUUAUGUUUGUUUCUUUUUUCUCUUUUGAUUAGACGUUUAAGCUCUUAAUACAGUUCUUCUGGUGUUUGAUAGUUGUGUUGUCGGAUAUGUUUCUGAUAUCCUUUCAAAUUCACAAUUUAACACUGAGGACUUGUAGAUUGUGAGCUGCAGUAUUAUUUAUUAAACUAGGACAGAUGGAACGUGCUCUACAUAAUUGGCACAAACCACGACAUCAUAGUCGCAUCACUUUGCUUUAGCACUUGCAGCUCGUUCGCUCAGAUAGUGAGUGUGUCGAGAAUGCAGUGCGGUAGUAGCAUUAGGUACAUUUAUGUGAAAAGUAUUUCAAGCUAAAGAGUUUAGGUGCUGUUGUCUUGUUCAGACUGGCUGUCUGAAGGUCUGUUGCGAUGUAGUACCUCAGUGUUAAAAUUUCUCCUCUUUUAUAAGCCAUAGCCUAAAUCUACACAGACAAGAGAUCUUGAUCUCACUGAGUGGCCCUACCUAAACCUGUGAAAACCUGCUGUAAGACCACAACUACCAUAAAUCCCUAGCACAAAAACCACCUUAUUUGGGACAUAUGGGCAGAAUGAGAUUUCAAUAGAAGGGUCAAAGAUCUGUUUUUAAAAUGACUAUUACAGUACUAUGGAGGUCAACUUUUCAUUCAGUCUUUAAUGUCGAGGAAAAAACUUUUAGCCCUCAUUGUGAAGAAAUGUGCUGUGUUCUGUCACUUUUGAACUCGUUACUAUACGGUGUUCCUUCAUGCUGAAGUGAAUUUGAAUUAAAGUCUAUUUUUUUAGAAAUUA